GUAGGUCUUUGGCCAUGAACCCCAUCCAGAGGCCUGAGAUGUACAUCAUCGGCGCUCAGCCGGUGUGCAGCCAGCUGCCGGGGCUCUCCCCUGGGCAGCGCAAGCUCUGCCAGCUCUACCAGGAGCACAUGGUCUUCAUCGGGGAAGGGGCCCGCAGUGCCAUCAAGGAGUGCCAGUACCAGUUUCGGCAGCGGCGGUGGAACUGCAGCACGGUGGACAACACCUCUGUCUUUGGGAGGGUCAUGAAAAUAGGGAGCCGAGAGACUGCUUUCACCUACGCCGUCAGUGCUGCCGGGGUGGUGAACGCGAUCAGCCGGGCUUGCCGUGAAGGAGAGCUCUCCAGCUGUGGCUGCAGCCGGACCGCCCGGCCCAAGGACUUGCCCCGAGACUGGCUGUGGGGUGGCUGCGGGGAUAACGUGGAGUAUGGAUAUCGUUUCGCCAAGGAGUUUGUGGAUGCCAAGGAGAGGGAGAAGAACUAUGUGAGAGGUUCAGAGGAGCAGGCUCGCAUGCUGAUGAACUUGCAGAACAACGAGGCCGGUCGCAGGAAGACCUGCUGGCUGCAGCUGGCCGAUUUCCGCAAGGUGGGCGACCUGCUGAAGGAGAAGUACGACAGCGCCGCCGCCAUGAGGAUCAGCCGCAAGGGCAAGCUGGAGCUGGUGAACAACCGUUUCAACAUGCCGACGCAAGAGGACCUGGUCUACGUCGACCCCAGCCCGGACUAUUGCCUGCGCAAUGAGACCACUGGCUCGCUGGGCACUCAGGGCCGACUGUGCAACAAGACCUCAGAGGGCAUGGAUGGGUGUGAGCUGAUGUGCUGCGGACGGGGUUAUGACCAGUUCAAGAGCGUCCAGGUGGAGCGUUGCCACUGCAAGUUCCAUUGGUGCUGUUAUGUCAAGUGUAAAAAGUGCACAGAGAUCGUCGACCAGUACGUCUGUAAAUGAAAAGAGCCACCAAAGCAACAAAUCUAUAUUAUAUAAUUCUAUAUAAAUAUAUUUUAUAUUUGUAUAAAUAAACAGAUGAUGAUAAUAAUUAAAGAAGCUUAUUUAAGAGACAUUUUGGUUUUGAAGUU